CCUCCUCUCUCCCCUCGUUCCACCGCCCCAUCUCGCCGUCCCUCGCCGCCCCAUCCCGCCGCCCCCGUUUUCCCAACCCCUCAACCUCCUCUCUCCCCUCGUUGCCCCCUACCCGACCUCUUUCUCCCCAUGCCACCGCUGCUGCUUCCCUACGCCGCCGUUGCUUCCCCCCUACCCGACCUCCUCUCUCCCCAUGCCACCGUCGUCCCUGCUUUGAGUGGUUGUUUGAUGGGCUUUUGGUGUUCAGAUCUGUACCUAGGGUUUGAAGAAGUCGAUGGAGGCGAUGAGGAGCCUCGAGCGGAGUUCGUAGCUUCAUUCAAUCCAAAGCGUCGUUCCUCUCAGGUAGUCACUCUGUGGUAUAGGGCACCUGAAAUUCUCUUCUGAUAACUUGGGCUGGCUUGGGUUUAGGCCAGUUUUUUUCCCUUCUGAUAACUUCUACUGGCUUCUCAUCUUCUGAGCUCUCAAGGCGAGGUAUCAGUGCUCCUACGUCUCAGUCCUUCUUGAAUUAUUUGCUGCUGGCGCUAUUUUAUGGCGGUUUUUUGAUCUACAGGAGGAAACCUCUCCAGAUGCGUUGGUAUUACUACCUUUUGCUUUCUGUUGUUGAUGUCAAGGCCAAUUUUCUUGGCAUUAAGCUUAUAAUUACUGUUCUUCAAACUGAUGUUUUCUUUUGUACAAUGAUCAAGAUGUCUAAAUUUGCAUUCUUUCCACAGUGGCCUAAACCCAAGCCUCCUAGGGAUCUAGCAACAGUUGUCCCAAAUCUUGAAUCAACUGGACUUGAUCUUCUGUCUGAUGUGCAGGAUCUAGCAACGGUUGUCCUCUUAAGAAUAAAAUGCUUCAGUAUGAACCAGCUAAAAGAAUCAUUGCUCGGCAUGCUCUUGAGCACGAAUACUUCAAGGAAUGUAAGGAUCUUGGAAUGGUACCAUGAUUUUGAUCGUCUCUCCUCCAACUGUAUACUAGUAUACUCACUCAUCAAGAUUUUCAAGCAUUUGGUUUCUUUGGACGUGGAGGAUUCAAAAGAUGUGAAGUCAGGCUAUACUAUUACAUUUGUUCUUCAGCUGGUUUGGUGAGACACAACAGAAAAAUCUUUUAGGAGGAAUGUCUGAUGAGCACGAGUCAAUGUGGACAGGCUUGAUAGUUUUAGCUUAGGCUUGCCAGCUUGGACACUUUGUGCAAACGGAGGAAUAGGAAUAUGAAGCAAAAGGAAGAAUUAUGCACCAGAUGAGGCAGAGAAACAUAACAGACGGGAUCAAGCAACGAAUUUGAUCAAGCAAAUUGUGUUUCUUUUUUUUUUCCUUUGUGGAUUACAAGCAAAUUGGAAUAUUUAAAUAGGCCUUUGAGUAUUGACUUGGAAAUGGAAAUGAAUGUAACUAAUUUGUAAUGGAGUAAAUUCUUUGCUUAUCAUAAUAUGCAACGUGUUUGGAGUAUAAUUUGAU